CGUCACCGUUUAUAAAGAGACUCCACCGGUAGCCAUUGCUGACGCCGCCCGCCCCCGCCCGGAUCUCGCUCGCCCCCGCUCGCCGUCGCCGUCGCCGUCGCCGUCGCCAGCCGCCACCGCUACCGCCAUGGGCACGGCCAACGGCGAGCAGCCGGCGGCGGGCGCUUCCUCCGACAAGCUCCGCCACGUCGAGUCCAUGUCGCAGCUGCCCUCCGGCGCCGGCAAGAUCUCAGGGAUCAACGCCGUCGUGCUCGGCGAGUCGCUCGCCGCCGAGGAGAACGACCUCAUCUUCCCCAGCCCCGAGUUCUCCGCCGACGCGCUCGUCUCCUCCCCGAAACAGUACCGGGAGAUGUAUGAGAGGUCCAUCAAGGACCCGGCCGGGUUCUGGUCGGAGAUCGCCGAUACCUUUUACUGGAAGGAGAAGUGGAACCCCAGUGAGGUGUGCUCAGAGAACCUCGAUGUCACCAAGGGGCCUGUCCACAUCAGCUGGUUUAAGGGAGGGAAAACCAAUAUAUGUUACAAUGCUGUUGACCGCAACAUCGAGUCUGGUAAUGGGGACAAUAUUGCGAUGUACUGGGAGGGUAAUGAGCCUGGUCAGGAUGGGAAGCUCACCUAUUCUGAGCUCCUAGAGAAGGUUUGCCAGCUUGCAAAUUACUUGAAGAGCGUCGGUGUUGGCAAGGGUGAUGCUGUGAUUAUCUACUUACCAAUGUUGCUGGAGCUGCCCAUUGCCAUGCUUGCUUGUGCCCGCAUUGGUGCUGUUCACUCGGUUGUGUUUGCUGGCUUCUCAGCGGAUUCACUAGCCCAAAGGAUCGUUGAUUGCAAGCCUAAGCUUGUCAUCACGUGCAAUGCUGUGAAACGGGGCGUCAAGCCCAUCCUUCUCAAAGAUAUAGUGGAUGCGGCUUUGGUUGAAAGUGAGAAGAAUGGAGUUUCUGUAGGUCUCUGUUUGACGUAUGAAAAUCAGUCAGCCAUGAAGAGGGAAGACACAAAAUGGCAAGCAGAAAGGGAUAUUUGGUGGCAGGAUGUUGUGACCAAAUUCCCAACAAAGUGUGAUGUGGAAUGGGUGGAUGCAGAGGAUCCGCUGUUCCUUUUGUACACAAGUGGCAGCACAGGGAAGCCAAAGGGUGUGUUGCAUACUUCUGGGGGCUACAUGCUGUACACUGCAACAACCUUCAAGUAUGCAUUUGAUUACAGGCCAACAGACAUAUACUGGUGCACUGCUGAUUGUGGCUGGAUUACUGGACAUAGUUAUGUAACAUAUGGUCCUCUGCUGAAUGGUGCUACAGUUCUCGUUUUUGAAGGGACUCCAAACUACCCUGAUUCCGGCCGAUGCUGGGACAUCGUGGACAAGUACAAUGUGACAAUAUUUUAUACUGCCCCAACUCUUGUUCGUUCACUCAUGCGUGAUGGCAGUGAGUAUGUUACACGGUACUCUCGAAAGUCUCUUCGAGUCCUGGGAAGUGUUGGUGAGCCAAUCAAUCCAAGUGCAUGGAGAUGGUUCUACAACAUUGUUGGGGACUCCCGGUGCCCCAUAUCAGACACUUGGUGGCAAACUGAAACUGGUGGUUUCAUGAUCACCCCAUUGCCUGGCGCCUGGCCUCAGAAGCCAGGUUCUGCAACCUUUCCUUUCUUUGGUGUUCAGCCGGUCAUUGUUGAUGAGAAAGGGCAAGAGAUUGAAGGGGAAUGCAGUGGAUAUCUUUGCAUAAAGAAAUCAUGGCCUGGGGCUUUCCGGACUCUCUAUGGAGAUCAUGAGAGAUAUGAGACCACAUACUUCAAACCAUUCGCUGGGUACUAUUUCACUGGUGAUGGUUGCAGCAGAGAUAAAGACGGUUACCACUGGCUGACUGGAAGAGUAGAUGAUGUUAUCAACGUCAGUGGACACCGAAUCGGCACAGCUGAGGUUGAGUCAGCUUUGGUGUCACAUCCACAAUGUGCAGAGGCUGCUGUUGUAGGAGUUGAGCAUGAGGUCAAAGGUCAAGGAAUUUAUGCAUUUGUAACUUUGGUGGAUGGUGUUCCGUAUAGUGAGGAACUACGGAAAAGCCUCAUAGUGACAGUGCGCAACCAGAUUGGGGCAUUUGCAGCUCCUGACAAGAUCCACUGGGCACCGGGACUCCCUAAAACUCGGAGUGGCAAGAUCAUGCGAAGGAUUUUGCGUAAAAUUGCUGCACGGCAGCUGGAUGAACUUGGGGACACAAGCACCCUCGCUGAUCCUGGUGUCGUUGACCAGCUGAUUGCGCUCAGUGAUUGCUAGGCUGUAAUGAAUUGGGUGGUGGAUGCAUCCUUUGCGUGCAUGUUCCAUUUCUCUUCCUGUAUGAUGAGUAGAAUGUGCAUUUCAGUGUCAGAGAACUAAACUGGGGUGUGAUAUGUUGUUUUGACGUUUCUUUUUUAGAACUUUUGCAUUGCAUAUCGAGGUAGGUGCAUCGAAAUGUAUUAUUGAUUGACACAAUAAGAUAUCAAUAAAUCGUUAAAUUUAAUUUUGGUUUC